CCGCGAAAGAAAUCCUUAUUUGCAUUGAGGGACCAAAACUAAGCGAGUGCCUCCGCAAGAGGAUAAUGGAAUUCCGCUAAUUAAUCACAUGCAAUUAGUGCCAUAUGUAGCGCUGGGAUCCAGAAGCGCUUCAUAUUUUUUUCUCCCGUUCAUAGACUGGUUGGCGACAGAUCUGGAGCAGACGAUUCUCGCUCAUUAGUAUUAAUGAAUUCGAUCCAGCUGACGACGACGGUUUUACCGACUAUUAUCCCGCCAUAGAAUACACUUUCGGUGCAGCCAACCAAGAGUGCCCGAUCUAUGUCGAUAGGAAUUAAUUUGCAGUGUUUCAGAUUAUUUAACACAUCAUUUGGGUGAGAUUGCGUUUCAGGAUUCGAACCAAACCACGUGGUCUUAACUCUGAACAGUCGAUAGUAAUUGAAUAAAUAUUCGACAAUACUCGUUGUAUGGACAAUGAUGGUUUAGUGUAAUUAGAUCAAAUUCUAUCGCACUGAUGAAUAACAUGAAAACAAAAACUGUCCGCGUCUAUCGCAUUAGCGCUUUCCGGAUGUCACACUGAGCUAUCGUGAGAAUCGCGUGCAGCAGUAAAAAGGGAGCCACGAACCACAAGAUAUCCGCCGCAUGUCAGCCACCAACCGACCGACCGACCAGCCAUUCGUGACCGGAGAACUUCGAAAACUAAACUGCUACUCGUCAGGACUUUUUCUGUUUGGACUUGUCGUCCCUUAUUGCCAGUAGUAAACUGACCUCAAGAGGAUUAACAACCAACCAAGCUCGGCAUGGACUACGACGUGGUAGAAUGAACAAUUACAACAACAAAAAACUACAGAAGUCGAAAGGACAAGCACUAGUCAAGAAGAAUGUGAAACGCGUGUGAUUUGAACUCAUGUUCAAAGUUCCUACCAGUAGUGAAACUAUUCUGCAAAACUGAAAGUAUUACAAAGUGAACUGUUUUCAAACACAUUUGGCGCCCGAAAUUGGAUGAAUGCAUGUGAAAAGUGCUGCUGUUAGUUUUUGUUUCCCGAGCUCAACAGUUUUCCGGUGAAAAUUAAAAGUUAUUACUGUUACCCAUCGACAGCGAAACAGUGGGGUGGAAAAUAUUCUACCGGAUUUAUGCACAACUAGCUACGGAAAAUGGAAAUUCCAGAAACGGGAGCCGUCUUCACCCUGGGGAAAUCAUUCCUAUCCGACACGAUUGGAACCGUCCGACAUAGACUUGCUGUCCAGCAACAGUUGCAACCCAUUCGUCAGCAGCAAAAUGCGACGGAUGAUGAAACUCCGCAACGGCAGAAUAGUUCAUCAACUGCUUCAUCCGGAACGGCAAUGGUGACUUCGGUGGUGAAUGGUAUCGGUGACGACCACGCGAAUAAGCCGGAACCGGAAUGCAAUGGGGGGCUCAGCCCUUCCGGCAAAUCACCUCAACGGCAGCAGCAGAGUUAUUUUUUCAUAAAGAAUGAUCCGGUGGUAAAAAUCGUUUGCGGGAAUAAACAAAGUGCUGUUAUAUGCGAGUCUGGACGCCUAUUUGUAUGGGGCCAAAACCAGUACAGUCAACUCGGUAUAGCAUCGAUAGAUCUUUGCCAGAAGCCGUCAUGUGUUCGUACCCUGAAAAGGCUCAAACAACGAGUGCGGGAUGUCCGAUUCGGCGGAAAUGGAUAUGGAUUGAUAUUGACAGAACAAGGAAAAAUCCUAUACACUGGUAAGAACGUGUUCCCCUUCAAUGCCAAAGUGGCAUCACUCUACGAAUCAAACAGCCUUCGAAAGUGCUCAACAGAUAACAGCGAAUACACCACCACUCCAAUCGAUUUGGUGGAAUUCUCUGAAUGCUUGGAAAAAGAAGACGAGCUACUUGUGGGCAUUGCAGCCGGAUUUUGCCACUUUGUAGUUUUGAGCAGCGCUGGUAACUGCUUCGGUUGGGGUCAUAAUAGCCAUCAGCAGUUGGGUGGCGUUGAUUCGCUUAAAAUCCUCACCAAGCCGGAUCGCAUCGGAGUGGAAGAGCGAGUGGUAUUGGUCGAAUGCGGCAACUACUGCACUCUGAUGGUCUCUGAAACGAACAAGCUCUAUUUGGCCGGGAAAUUCCAGAAAAUUACGAUUCCCGUUGUGAAGGAGCUAUCCAUGAUUGAGCUACCGACCGCAGUCAUAUCUCUUCAAAUAACCAGAAACGAUUUGAUCUAUCUAUUAUUGGAGAACAACCAAGUAUAUCGCUGCAACCGGAUUCAAAAGAUCGAUGACCUACAAUUUGCAAGACUUGAGUUAUUUGAUCAAUUUCUCCGAGGCGGCGAAUGGAUUACUCAAAUAGCUCCGGCCGACAAUUUCACAUCAUUUGCCACAAACCAAGGUCGCUUACUAACGACAUACGACGAUGACAGUCCUUUCACGCCAUCAGAUCAUUUUCGAGAGCUACUCAAAUUUAAGGAUUUCCAUGUAGCCACCGUUGCCAGCGGACUGGAGCACUCUUUGGUUUUGGCGUUUCCAAGGCAUGUUGAAGCCCCUCCAGAAAUCGAGAUUGAUUUCUGUGAAGCAGUGGAAAGCAUCGAGGCGGCGAUCAGCAGCGAAGAAGAGAAAGCUCGCCAUGCAACACCGAUGCCGCCUCCGCGAAUCGAGUUAGAUGAUGAGUUUAUUAGGGAGGAAAAGAGACGUCUACGGCAAGAAAAAAUCGCAAAAGAACUCUCUAAAGAUGAAUGCAUUCAAAUUGAGACCGGCGUACCAGAAGUACGGUUCAUCGACAAUGGAGUGGACAUGACUCCGAUGAUGGUCGUUUCAGACGAUAGCACCCUCGGUGAACACAUGAUAAAUGAGAAAAUUUGUUUGGAUCCGAAAUAUGCGUCUCACAGUGAAAUAAUGAGAGACAACUUAUUGCAUUUGAAAACUCCAACACCGAACAUCAGUCAGUUGAUAGAUUAUAGUGAUGACGAGAAUGGAAGCAUUUCGUCCCAAUCGACAUUCAACGAUGAAGAUGAAAUAACAGAUUCUUACACUCCAGCGAAGAAUGGCAAGAAUCAGGUGGCGAUGGAAGAUUCUAAUAACAAUCAGGAAGAUGACCGGAAGCUCAGCGUCGAGAGCAAAAGCAGUCAAGGCAGUACCACUUCCCGUACCAAAAUGAAACAGUUCCUGCGGGGCCUAAAAGCAAAAAGCAUGGAUGUUAGCUGUCGAAAUGCUGGGACGGUUUUGAACGAUGACAAACAUUACUCAAAGGAUGACCAGGACAUACGGCCAGAUAAUCGACCACCCAAAGUAUGUAGUUUGAUGUAAUACCUACCUAGAUGAAGAAACAUCCAAAAUAAACCCUGGCCGGCGAAAUAUUUUUUC